AUGCUGGGGCUGCUGGGACUAGAGACUGUGCCGUGUGACACGCUGCCGACAGUAUCUGAGAACGUCAUCGCCAUCACAGAGCUAGAUAUGAGGAGCUUUAAUAUCAUCUGCUGCAAGUGCACACUCAUGCCGACUUCAUCCCCUUCUGAUAACCAGGCCAGAACCCGCGCGGACUGCGGGCGGGGAUUUCGGCCACGAGGCGCGGGGCUGGCGCGCGCCCGCUCGCUCUUUUUCUCCGCUGCGGUAACUCGUGGCCGGGCUCCUGGGGGGGAACAGGCUGAGAAAGCGGAUGCUUAUUGUUUUUCUUCCGUCUGUGCUAAGAUUGUGCAGCUCCUGGGACAGAAUGAGGUGGACUGUCGCCAGAAGCAGGUGGUCAUCCUGAGCCAGGAUAGCUUCUACCGUGUCCUCACUUCGGAACAGAAGGCCAAAGCCCUGAAGGGCCAGUUCAACUUUGAUCACCCGGAUGCCUUUGACAAUGAACUCAUCUUCAAAACACUCAAAGAAAUCACGGAAGGGAAAACAGUGCAGAUUCCCGUGUAUGAUUUUGUCUCCCAUUCCCGGAAGGAGGAGACGGUCACCGUGUACCCCGCAGACGUGGUGCUCUUUGAGGGGAUCCUGGCCUUCUACUCCCAGGAAGUACGAGACCUGUUCCAAAUGAAGCUUUUCGUGGACACGGAUGCCGACACCCGGCUCUCCCGCAGAGUAUUAAGGGACAUCAGCGAAAGAGGGAGGGACCUUGAGCAGAUUUUAUCUCAGUACAUUACGUUCGUCAAGCCUGCCUUUGAGGAAUUCUGCUUGCCAACCAAGAAAUACGCUGAUGUGAUCAUUCCUAGAGGUGCAGAUAAUCUAGUGGCCAUCAACCUCAUCGUGCAGCACAUUCAGGACAUCCUGAACGGAGGGCUCUCCAAACGACAGACCAACGGCUAUCUCAACGGCUACAUCCCGUCACGCAAGAGGCAGCCCUCGGAGUCCAGCAGCCGGCCGCACUGACCCCUGUCUCCCCCGGCCCGGCCCCUUUCUUCCAGAGACAGGAGGAGGGAUCAGGAGGCACCGUACAUCUGUACACGUGCUUUCCUAAGACAUUGCUGUAUUUAAGAAAACACCACGGAGAUGACAUGCCUUUGGUUUUCCUUUUCCCGUUUUCGUUUCUUUUUGUGCUUCGGAGCAGCGCGACGAAACCGAAUUUGACCCUGAGCUUAAAUGAUAAACUGUGCCAACUACUACUGGUGAUGCCUAAUUAUGAAUCCACCGUGUAACCAGUUAUAAAUACAUAUAUAUAUAUAUAAAAGGAUCUAUUUUUGUGUAAAUGUACAAACACUGUAAAGCUGCUAGCUGUAAGUAUUCUGCACGAGGGCCUGGACUUGAGUGGCGGGGGGCUCGCCCAGGGGAGAUCGCCCCCCUUCCCUGUGAUGGAUGGGUCCAGGCAGGGGGUGGGGGAGGCGGGGCAUGGAGAAGCGAGGCUGUGUCUCGUGUCUCGUCGCUCUGACUGCGUGUGCAACUCGCUGACAGUGGAGUUUGGAGCCUUGGGUGCCUCCCCUGCCCAGGGCCACCUUCUGGGAGCUGCAGCUCCGUAAUGUGUCAACAAAAGAUACCCUUUUCUUCUUUCUUUCUUCCUUUUUUCCUUCCUUCCUUUUUUAUUUUUUUUGAGUUGAAAUUAGGCAAGACCUCAGCUCAAAAAUCAAACUCAGGGAAGAGGCCCCCCCCCGAAGAGAAACAAGUCUUCUGUGUUUCCUUCUUGCCCGAUGCCCCCCACCUCUGGCCACCGGGGUAGCUCAGCGAGUCCUUCCUUACCCACCCAGGCCCUCCGAAAGCCAGCGCCGCCUCUCUUCCCUGACAGGGAUCGGAGGGGGUCGUUUCCUGGUAAAACAGGGGGGGGACGAGAGAGUAGCAAGACCCGUUGUAGCGACUGCGGAAACGCUGCUUCCUCUCGCCCCCCGCCCCGGGGGAGCCUCCGGUUAGAUUCCCUGGGCCUUUUCCCAGAUUGUAGACACAGGUGGUCUCCCGAGUCUGGGCUUCGGGGGAGGACUUCUGCUGGCAGAAGGACACCUGGUGGCCCCUCACGGGUGGCGGGAACCCUUCAGGGAUGGGUCACCCAGGUGCAGGGCUUGGGCGCGGGAUGGGGGCAGCACGCACCUUCAGCAGGAAUCGGCACUAGCAACAUCGAGCCAAGCUGACGGCCAUGUUUAUGGGGUAGAGAGUUCCACCUUGCUUGAGGGGUCCCUCUCUGGGAGGAGUACAGAUCCCUGAUGAUUCUUCGGGGGCGGGGACAGGAAGUAGGGGGACCGAGUGAGACUGAGGAACGCAGAGUCCUAAAGCCUCAGUUUUUAACUGCGCACGAGCCAGAGGCCUUCAUUUCUUGCUCAGGCAUCUCGGUGCUUGGCAGGCCAUGGCCACAGCAACUCCGCGGUGGCUGCCCGCUCUGGGGAACCUUCUCCCUUUAUUGCUGUCCUAGCCCAUUGGAGCCGUUCAGGUAAACCCGGCACAGCUCCUCGCCAGUCACACCAAAUUGCCCCUUCGACGUAAACCGCUGUCCGGUUUGAUUCCCCCUUUCUGGACUCCAUUUGACUCUGUUUUGUUGUCUCAAAAAAGUCAGAGCUCAUCCCCCACAGAGCCUUGCCACCCCCGUGUCAUCCAAGAGGCCGUGGCAGGCUCCGGAGGGAGCAAGGGAAGGCUCCCUGAGGCCCUGCCUGGAAGGCCAGCUCUGGAGGGCCUUGGAAUCCGUUUUCUCUUUCUUGUCAUGCCUCGGACAGUCCUGAGAUGAAGUGUGGGUGGCGGACCUGGGUUAGGAUCCUGAGGACCCAAGGCCCCGUGCCUGGAUGGGGCCUCUCUGUGCUCGGGCAGCCCGCCCCUGUGUGGGGGAGCCUCGGCCUUCUGGUGGGUAGCACAUUCAACUUUACUUGAAGCUCCCAGGUGCCAAACCAUUUAGUGCCUUGGCUGUCUGUCCCACUGCCUUGGAAGAUGGAUUCUUCUCAUCUCUGAGCCUUGCCUUUCUUAGCUGUUUCCUCAUCCACCUGUGGUGUUGGGACCAAGCCUCCGGUGUCUCCGCUGGCUAACAGCGCUAGGGCUGCCUUGCUCCUGGUAAAACCGUCACUAGUUCGUGGUGGCUUGGCUGGGGGCACCGGGCCGUGCCCACUGGGCAUCGCUGACAGAGACUCCCUUGGUUCUGAGACGCACAGUGUCUGGGGUGAGGAAGGGAGGACUCUGUCCUUGUGUGGCCCCUCCCCAGCAUUGAGUAUCUGAGCUUGACCUUGAUCAGACAGAUCCUAGACUUGGUGUUUUGAGAGCCCUGACAGCUCUGAUUCCACUGCUGAGUCAGGGUUAGGGUUGUUAUGCCAGAGACCAGGCCCCUGAGUCUUGUGGGGAGGAGGGACCGACAAGCGCAGUGGGGAUGACGCUGGUCGUGUGUGCACGGGAGUCCCGUGGCUUCAGAGCUGCCCAAUGGUGCUUGCUUCUUGCCCCCACCCCUGCCCAGGUAUCCAUAGACCAAGUGUUUAGGGAAUAAACAUCCAAGCUUCGUGUCAUGGGAAGGCCUGACCCCAUUCUCUUUCACGCUAAUAGAUCUUGUGCCGACCUGGGUUUCUUUUUCUUGGGCAGCCGGAGGCCAGUGGGGACAGAGAGGUUGGAGUCUGUGUACGGAACGCGCAAGUGUUUGGACCUCAGGUGUCCUCUGCGGUGCCUGGGGUAGGCCGUUGACGAGGCAGACCCCAGACCAGGGGGAGGGCAGCACGGGCAGGUCUCCGUUCACCCUUCCGAACCAAUCAUCCCGCCCCUCCUGGGCUCAGCGCCGGCUCAGUGUCCCCGGGCAGGUCGCCAGUCUCUCAUUAGGCCACUAGGUCAGGCUGAAGGCUCACGUGUCCCCCGAGCAGGUGGGAAUUGGCAGGGACCGGAGCCCAGCUGGCUUGUGUGUGUCCCCUCCUCUGUGGACCCUGUGCGGCUUCCUCCAUCUAGCACCCUUGACCUGGGCUGGCACCGAGGGCCCCCUGAGGGACGUAGUCGCCUCUGGCAGGGAAAUAUUUCUGCCCUGGAGUCCCCCACCUGCCUGUCAGCGACUUCAGCACCAAGGGACCUAGCCUGGAAUGGGUUCUGGAUUCAGGGCUGCCCUUCCCCCGGUCUCAGGCUAGAAUCAGGAAACAGGCUUGGAGGCAGUAAAACAAGGGAGACCACUGGUCUGGAAAAGGCCUGCAUUGGGUCUGGAGCUCAGAGUCCUCUCUGAUCUUUUGUCUCUGGGCCCCGUGCUGCCUUCCCGACCCUGCCCAGGUGACUGGCCUUCAGAUCAGCUUCAUCGCUGUGGUUAGAGGUUGUGAGUGCCUCGCUGGUCCUGCCUCAGUAACAGGGUGAGUAGCUACAUAAGGACGUAGGUGUUCUUUGUUUUUUUUUUCUUUCAGAUGCUUGCUCUUCCUCCUUUUCUUUCUACUGCCCUGCCUUUAUUGUUAGCAGUUAACGAAAAUGACCACAUACUAUGUACUUUGCUAUAAAUAAAGACUGAACAGAAAAAGA